CACCUGUUGAUCAAAAUGAGUUCAUUGCGAAGGUAAAAAGUUUCGAGGCACGCAAUUUUUUCGUACCUUAAAAAAUUAAGCCACUCUUAUAUGUCAUCCAGGAGCCGAGUGAGCUUAGUUAGUCGAGGGGAAGGGACAAAAAGGAAAGAAGUUUGGGCGCGCGCUGCAGAGCGAAUGAAAAAUUGUUACCGCAGCGAGGGGCGAGGGUGGAGGGCAGAGGAUUUCGGGCUUUAAAAAUGGAGAAAGAAAGGAGAGGAACUUUUCGGCAGCGGUUUUUCAUCGAUUUGAGGGCAGGUGAAACGAAUGUUAUUUCCUGGAAGAAGUUGCUGAACAAGAGGGUCGUCACUUCUACCGUUGAGGAACCUCAGGCUCAGGCUCAGGCUCAGGCACAGGAUUGCAUUGGGGAUUCAAAAUUACAGAAGAGUGACCUUCCUCCGCCUGGUAACCGUUUUAGUGCUGUUAUUGAGAGGAUUGAACAUUUAUACAGGGGGGAUUCAAGCAGUCAUGAAGAAAAGCUUGAUGAUGUACCAGAUGAUGACCAGUAUGACACAGAGGACUCUUUCAUAGAUGAUGAGGAACUGGAUGAAUAUUUUUCAGUAGAAAAGUCAAAGACAAAGCACAGCGGUUUCUUCAUCAAUAGAGGGAAAUUAGAGAGAGUGAAUGAACCUGCUCCCUCACUUGUGCGUGCUCCCAAGAAAUUUAAAAAGAAAUAUAUCAAGAAGACACCUGUUGACAGAUGCAUUGAGAGGAUGCCAGUGAAACUGCCGAAGAUAGGUAGUGUUUGCAUCAAGGCAGCAGCAAGAAGUGUGCCUUUAGCAACAUUGAAAAAUUCAAACUCUGUAUGGGACAGAACAUUAUUUGCAGGUGGUGACAGUUUAGUUCAUAAGCCCAGUUAUGAUCAAGAUGUUGAAGUGAUCCAAAGUCAAGGCUCUACCUUUGGAUUUGGGCCAUGUAAAAUUGACAAAUAUAAGAGAAUUAGUAACAAUGAAGAGGCAUCUAUUACUGUAGAGGUAUCACACAAGAAUUCUGCCAAGAAUUCUGCAGUUAAGGACGAACGAAAACCAAAGGGUGUGCUUGUUAGAUCUAAGGAUAAUCUUGUAAAGGGGGCAAAGUUGCUUGAAAUUAAUGAUAGCAUGAAUUCAACCAAGUCAGAGAAAAACAUUUGUCGUAAUGCAGAUUCUCAGAUACGAAAGUCUAACAAGGAUGCAAGCGUAAUGACAACUUCUAGCCAAUAUAAAAUAACAGAGAAAGAAGAUGUUGAUUUAAGAGAUGUAAAUAGUUUAGGAAACAAGCUUCUGCCGUCAAAAAUUGCUCAUGGCACGGGGACUACUAAACAAAGAAAGAAACUCUUAUCAUCAGCUCCUAAGGAAGACAGUAUAGGGAGGCCUAAAGAUUCAAUGCUGGAAAGAUCUUUCCAAGAUUUGGAAAAGAGUGUUGCAGAAUUGUACCCAACUAUGAUAAACAUUCAAGAGAAAGAUUGGUCAUCACAAGGAGCAAAAAGACGGUUGCCUACACUUGUCAAACAGAAGCUUGCUAAAGUAGCAAUAUUAGCAAUGAACCAAGGGAAAUUAUCAAAUUUAUUGAUUGAUCGUCUUGUGAACAUUGUUGGCCAUACAAUACAGCUAAAGAUAUUGAAGGUCAGCAAAAUAACUUUCACUCCAGUGAACAUUGAAUUAUAG